AUGGCAUACGUCGUGAAGAUGGCUGUGGCUGCGGCAGCAAUGCCGCUCCUCGGAGCGCUUGCUCGUCCGUCUUCUCGUUCAGUUUGUCUCCAGCGGCAAAACGACACAAAUCUGCUGCCUAUCUACGACUACAUCGUCGUUGGUGGCGGUGCCAGUGGGCUUACUGUUGCCAACCGCCUCACGGAAAACCCAGCUGUGACUGUUCUCGUUAUCGAGGCUGGUGAACUUGACAAGGGUGAGGAUUUCGUCAAGAUUCCCGGAUUGGCUGGCGGCGCCAUUGGAACCCAGUACGACUGGAACACGACCUAUGUCGCCAACGACGCACUUGGAGGCCGAGUCGUCUCGAUUCCCCAAGGAAAAGUUGUUGGAGGUUCAACUAAGCUUAACCGCAUGGUCUUCGACCGGGGCUCGAAGUCUGAUUACGACCGUUGGGACGUCCUCGGGGCCGAAGGAUGGAACUGGGAAUCGUUGUUCCCUUAUUUUAAGAAGAACGAGAAGUUUACACCUCCAAAGGCCGACAUCGUCUCCGAGUGGGGCGUUGAGUUCGAUGCCGCUGCUCAUGGCAGCGACGGGUUGAUGCAGGCUACCUACUCGCCUUUCUUCUGGCCCACAACCAAGUACAUGAUCGAAGCUGUCAAGGAGCUUAAGAUCACCAUCCCAAAGGAUCAAGCCAACGGCAGCGCGAUUGGAGCCUACUUCUGCCCCCACAACCAGGACCCGAUUACUUCCACUCGUUCCUCUGCCAGGGAGGCUUACUACGAUAACUUCACCGGGCGCAAGAAUCUCCACCUUCUCACUGGACGUCAGGUUACCAAGGUCCUGACCGCUGGGUCAGGAGAUUUUGUCAAGGCCAUAGGUGUUGAGUUUGCUGCCAGCAAGGGCGCUCAGACGCAGACUGCCAAAGUCGCCAAGGAAGUCAUUCUGGCUGCUGGAACAUUCCACACGCCUCAAAUUCUCCAGGUUUCCGGCAUUGGAGACCCUGCUCUGCACACCAGCAUCAAUGUCCCGACUGUCGUCAAUCUUCCAGCCGUUGGCCAGAACCUCCACGACCACGUGAUACUGACGGUUGUCAACACCAUUAACACCACUCUGCCCGUGAACUCCAUGCUCCAGAACAACGCGACCUUCGCCGCCGAGGCCAGAGCCCAGUACGACAGUCAGAAGAACGGCCCUCUCAGCUCCCCUACCGGUGACUUCAUCGCCUUUCUCCCGCUUUCGACCUACUCCAAGGCCGUGGAUGUUCUCAGCUCCGAGGCGGCCUCGCAGGAUGCAACCACCUACUUGCCUUCCGGCACCCCGGCUGAGGUGGUGAAGGGAUACAAGGCACAGCAAAAGGUUCUCAACGAGCGUCUUACCGCCGACGACUCUGCAAUUCUGGAGAUCAUUUGGUCCGACGGUGCCUUUGUUCUGGGUCUCCAACACCCUUACUCGCGUGGUUCCCUCAAGGCUCCUUCGUCCAGCACUUUUGACGCUCCUAUCGCCGACUCAGCCUUCCUGAAGAACCCUCUUGAUGUCUCUGUCUUGGUCGAGGGUGUCAAGUUCGCUCGUACCAUUGCCGGCACCGAGGCUGUCAAGCCUCUGCAGCCCUUUGAAAUCGUUCCCGGCGCGAACGUUACCACCGACGCUGCGAUCGCCGACUUUGUUCGCCAACAGAGUGGUACCCUGUACCACCCCGUCGGUACCUGCAAGCUGGGUCCGAGGGAAGAGGGCGGUGUCGUCGACGCCAACCUCAAUGUUUAUGGCGUCAAGAGUCUCCGCAUUGUGGAUGCCAGCAUCAUGCCCCUCUUGCCUGCGUCCCAUCUUAUGACUACAGUCUAUGCUGUUGCUGAGAGGGCUGCCGAUAUCAUCAAGGGCAAGACGGUAUAA